AUGCUAUCAACUUUUUGUUGAUUUGAUGUAAAAUUUUGAUCAAUUAGUGUUCGGACAAUCUGAUUUGAUACAGUUUUAGUAUAACAUUGCGAUCACGGUGAAGAAGAUCGGUAUUCACAAAGAGGCUCUCGAAAAGGUAGAGAUUGUGAGCAGUGUCACAAUGGAUCCAGGUAUGCAGCAACUCCAGCAAACUCUAGUUGAGAUUGAAACCGAAGCGGAAGAACUUCUUUUGGCAAAGCAUCAGUUGGUCGAAAAUGAUAGGCUGAGAAACAGUAACCGGGAAGCAUUAACUGCUCUAAGGAAGAAUGCUCGAACAACUAAAAGCAGUGUCCCAUCCCCUUUUGAGGCAAUAAUGAAAGGAAUUGAGGGAACCAAAUCAAAGGCUUUGGUGCAGGAGAUAUGUCCAACAUGUGGAGAUUAUGAUUCAACGGAGAAUACAUGGAUGAUGUUUCCCGGGUCUGAUAUUUUUAUCCGCGUGCCGUUUCAUGCUGCACAUACCAUAUUAGAGAAAGACCAAGAACGACUGGACUACGACACGAAGAAACUACAGAGUUAUGUGAAGGAAAAGUCGUUCUCAAUCUCGGAAAGAGGAGCCCUUGCCGAUAGAGUAAGUCCUAGCAUCUUGAGGUCCCUCGUCGCCUUAACAGACAAACCUAAGUAGGUAUCUGAUUCUCCGGCUUAAAAUGUCUUCUGGCAUCUUGAGGUCCCUCGUCGCCUUAACAGACAAACCUAAGUAGGUACGUACCUGAUUCUCCGGCUCAAAAUGUCUUCUGUUGUGUAUUCAACCUUCAACCUAUUGAGACCUAACUUCUUAAAAUGCCAUUAAGCUUUGGUUUCCUCGAGUUCCUGUAGACGAUUUGUAUGGGUGGUUCCUUUGUCAAUACUGCUGAGAAACUGCUCAUUAUUAUUAUUAUUAUUAUUAUUAUUUUGUCUUUU